AAUCACCAGAGGAUUAUAAACAAAAAGAAAUUGCUUUUGAAUAUUUAACCAAAGCCAGUGAGGAAAUGAUUGAUGAACUAGCCAAAAAAGACCCCAUGGAAAUCUUUGAGUUUUUGGCUCCCAAGCAUUUAGAGAAAAAUCAAGGCUUUGGUAAAGUUAUAGGAAAAGAACCCAAACAAUUCCAAACUCCUUGUUAUCUCUGUAAUCAAAAAGCCUUAACUACUAUAG